CGCAAGAUGGAUUGACUACCCUGUCGCUUGCUUUUAUCCAGGGCACUUUCACUCACAGACGCCUUACAUCCGCCGCCAUGUCACGACCAGAAGACCUCCUCCCUCCGGACCUGUACUAUAAUGACACCGAGUCCGCUAAAUACACCACCUCCUCUCGCAUCCAAGCCAUCCAGGCGUCCAUGACCAAUCGCGCUCUCGAACUCCUUGACCUCGAUCAGCCUUCCUUCAUUCUCGACAUCGGCUGCGGGUCUGGUCUGUCUGGCGAGAUACUUUCAGAAGAUGGACACAUCUGGGUGGGUAUGGACAUUUCGCCGAGCAUGCUGGACAUCGCACUACAGCGUGAGAGCGUCGAGGGAGACUUAUUCCUAGCAGACAUGGGUCAAGGCAUACCGUUCCGCGCAGGCACUUUUGACGCUGUCAUCAGCAUCAGUGCAGUGCAGUGGCUGUGUAACGCUGAGACAAGCGGGGUCAGCCCUGAGGGCAGGUUACGGCGGUUCUUUGACGGACUGUACGCGUCUUUACGAAGAGGUGGCAGGGCUGUGUGCCAGUUCUACCCGAAAAAUGAACAGCAGCGGACGAUGAUCAGUCAGGCUGCUGUACGCGCAGGGUUCGGCGCCGGUAUUCUCGAGGAUGAUGGCGGUACGAAGAAUGUCAAGACGUACUUGGUGCUCAGCGUGGGCGGCGGAGAUAUCACUGGGACGGUGUCCAGGAUGGAGAAUGUUGACAUCGAAGAUGGGAGGAAGAUGAGGGAGGCGAUGCACCGAGGGAAGAAAGCAAACGUCAAGGGUAGCAAGCAGUGGGUGCUCAAGAAGAAGGAGAAGUUGAGGAAUAAAGGAAAGAUUGUCAAGGAUGAUUCCAAGUACACCGGGCGGAGGAGAGGACCGAAGUUUUGAGCAACCAGGCCAUUUGGCUUGGAAUGAUGUGACGAAUGCACGACUUGAAUGACACGAUUCAUACGCGAGCAUGCCCUCAAUUGCCGACUGCACAAAGGCUGCAAUGCUCACGGGAUCUACCACACGCGACCAGCGCAGCCGCUUCGAGGGAACGUUGACUGUCUGUGUACAGAACGACCAAGAUUUGCAGUGUUACGAAGUCGGCUUCCUUUCCGCUUCGUUGGCGUCGGCUAGCGACGUGGAGCAAGAAGACGCAGAGGAAUCUCGAGAAACAGUUGUCUAUUGGGGUGCAUAAGUUGGGUCAGAGACACUAAGGCACCACAGUCCCCAUUUCACACUAGGAAAUGCCGGACGGGCAACCACUCUUGCAGCGCUUGAGGCGGUUAUCAGCGACCGCGUGGUCUGGUUGCCGAGCGUCCAAUCGAAGAAAAAAAGCGUGGUCGCCAGAAAAUUGUUGUGUGGGAUUUGGAGAUAAUUCUUCUGUCAUGACCAGGGAAUUAUGCAGGAACCUGUCGAGCAUGAUGCUCGAAUUUAACAUUAGAGAAUCGAUGAGAGAGUCAUCAGGACUAUCAUGAACAUCAC